GAUCAGAAGACUUUUCGGAAUAUCGAUUUAUGGUAUGUCAAUUUUUCACAGCCAAAAGAUGAUAAUUCAUCUGUUGAUGUUGCAAUGCACAUUGCACAUCGUUCUUUUAUUCAUCCUACAUAAAACCAGCUCUUUCCUAGAUGCCAAACACUUCUGGUCACAUCAACCAGAAAUAAAUCAAAGAAAAACAUCGAAACAAAAUAUCGCAUAACAUCGAACGGUCACCCACACAAACGAACGAACAAUAUUGACGUUCCGAUACACGUAGCAAGUGUGCACAACAACAAAAUCACAUGCUUGGUGUAUGUAACAACGAUAUCAGCAUACAAACAAAGGCGAACCAACCUCUUUUACGGAGUUCUGAAUCUGUGAGAGUUCGUUGUGUUUUGUUGUAGCUUGAGCGUUUCAGUAGAGAACAAGUUUUACUUGCGAAACGUUCGUAAUAAUAAAAAGGAAGAGUGUGCAGUAAACGCAGUCCAAACAUCGUGUAGUUCGUCACAUAGCAAUGAUAUGAAGGAAGCAAAUAAUUGGAGAGAAUAAAGUUUAGAUAUAGACUAUUUAUCUGAGUCACAAAUUAAAAGACUGAAUUUGGCGAAAAAGUUUUAAGCAAGCGAUACAGAGGCUCAAUUGACGACGACGAAAAAUGUCGAAACAAAAAAAUGUGAAAAAUUUGAUUAUGAACGUUUUACCUGACAAUCGGCCAAUUACAUCGCUGCAGAUUGUCGAGGAUCAUGAAAAAUGUCCAAAAAACUUUGUGUCAGUUAAUCGAACGCAUGACCAGGAUUCUGAUGCAGAUCUAUGGCGUGAGACGAAUAUUUUUGGAAAACGAACAACACGAUACUUGUGCCUGUCAAAGUGUGAAGGUCUUCCGGAAUACAUUGUGGAAACGUUGAAAGUUUGCGGUGAACGUGAGUUACCCGGCGAAGGUUUUUCGAUACUAACUCGAACCGCCGACACAGAACACAAAGCAUGGCGAAAGAAGCAGAUUUGCUAUCGAUUGGCCAAGCGAGGAUCAGUCAGAGAGGCAGUUACAGAUGUGAUAUUGUGCUCAAAAACCAAAUCGGCACCCGAUGGUUUUUUGCUGGCCGGUGAAAUAAAUGGAGUGACGGUGUGUUUCAAAAGUGGACCGAUCCCACAUCGGCCACCACCAUCAAUACCAGCCGAUCAUAAUUCGGCCAUUAACGAGCUCGAAAAUAAUCUCUACUAUAUGAACAUUCGCAACGGAUCGAAUGCAACCAAUUUAAAUGACAAUGGAAAAGCUGUCAACAAUAACGAUUAUGAACUGAUUCGAACGUCAUACCGAUUGGAUCCGACACCGCCACCACGACCAGCUCCACGACCACCAUCGCAUCUGGCGCAUCCAACAGAUUCAUUCAAUAAGUAUCCGACCGGCACUCUUGGAACUCACACCGAAAUGGAUGGAGUCCCUUUUGUUUUGAAUUCGGCUUUAUCUAGAAAUCCAGCUGCUGAUAUCGAUUUGUCGAAAUUCGACUUCACCAAAAAGGUCAACGCGGCAUUGGAAUAUAGUUUCCAUUUGGAGCGAGAGAUUUUGUGUACAACCAAAACCCCGAAUUCGACUAAUCCAUUUUUUGCGGCUCAAUAAAUUGGAUAGGUGCCACGUAAUAACAUCGAAAUUAUUGAUUUUUUUGUAUUCUGUUCUCUUUUCGCCAAUUGGAUUAAUUCAUUCAUGACAAUUGUCAUGCAAAUUCGUUAUUGUAAUCUUAAAGAAUUGUCAAAGUAAUCAGUGUUCAGCAAAUUGUAUGCGAUGGUUCCGCUUCGGCGCCAUGAAACGUGUAACGUGCGAAACACGGUUCAAAAAAUACAUCCAGCGUAUAAUUUAAUCGAAAUUGAUAUGGAGUUUUAGUUGCGUGUUAUUGAGCUUAUUCUCACAUGAAAUUCGGUUGCUAUGAAGCUCGAAAAGUGUUGGAUUGUUGGAAAUCAUUGUUGUUUUCUAUUGGAAGGAAUUGUUGGGAAUGUGUAUUAGUUGCGUUGCAAAUCUAUAUAAAUAUGUAUGUAUAUUAUCUCUCGUCGAAUUUUACUAUUAAAAAUACAUCGGUCGGACAUUCAUUGCGGAGAAUAUUUCAAUUUUACCAAAAUACCAUAUCGAAUAGACGAAUUACAAAUUCACCGAAAUCGAUAAACUUAUACACGAAAAUGACACACUUUUUUGAUAACACGGCCAAAAUCAAAAGCAAACACACUCUAACCAUUUAUGAACAUUUUCCAAUAUUUAGCAGCAAAUAGAGAAGAAGCGAAAAAAAUGCAGUACUUAAAAAUAAAAGAAAAAGUACGUUUUGAUUAUAUUCACUGUAUGAGUAUUAAGAUUUUUUAGACAAAUUUAGUCAUUUUUUCGGUUACUUUUAUUGUAUACACCUUUAACAUAGUGAUAAAAUGAAAUAAACGAUAUACAGCUAUA